UACUUCCAGCUGUCCUCUCCAUGUGAUUUGACUGGUCUGAACUGGGAAGGCAGGAUUUUCUCCUGUGUUUGAAAUUCCUGUAUCAUACCAAAAAACACACUCUGUGCUGUUAUCUUCCUCUGGGAUUGAGCAGGAAUCUUUGCUGUUUCCAAAAAUAAUCUCCUGCUGUAAUGAGAAAAGAGUAAAAUGUGGACUGCAGCUCACUCGGCCUCUCUUCUGCUGUUGCUGAUGGUGACAUUACAUGUUGCAGACGCAAUCAGACUUCUGAAAGAGGGACCCAUGAUCGAUGCUGAAGGAAGAGAAUACAAAACUUUGAAACUAGAGGCAGAAGAAAUCAGAGAACCACAGCUCAGCGAGGAAUCUACUGUUCAUGUACAAUGCACAGAAUCGUCCAUGAUCAUUGUGGUGAAGGCUGAUCUGUUUAAAACUGGACAUCUGGUAUCUCCAGAGGAGCUGUUUCUGGGAGAAGUUGAUUACUCACAGAGUCGGUGCAGAGCUGCUGCUGCUGGUGGAUCUGAGUACGUGAUUGAAGCUGGCCUGCAGGACUGUGGCUCUAUACUGACUAUAUAUGAGGACUCUGUGAUUUACUCAAACAACUUGAUCUUCACACCUGCAGCCAGGUACCACGGCAUCACUAGGACCGCCCCUGCAGUAAUUGCAGUGUCCUGUCACUAUAAAAGGACACAUGUUGUUAGCAGUAACACUCAGCCGUCACCUCUGACCCCCUCCUCUCCGACACAGGACUCUGCCUUCUCUCUUACACUGAUGAACAAUGACUGGACACAUGAGAAAUACUCUACAGCCUUCUACCUGGGAGACCUUCUACACCUGCAAGCAUCUUACACCGGUCCUGAUUCAGCACAUAAACAACUGUUCGUUGACAGUUGCGUGGCCACUCUGUCACCUGAUGUCGCUUCAGUCCCCAGAUACUACUUCAUCGAAAACCACGGGUGCCUCACUGAAGCAAAAGACGGAGGAUCUAACACACGUUUCAGACCCAGAACAAGAGUUGAUGUAGUUCAGCUGCAGAUGGAUGCUUUCCUGUUUCAACAGGAGUCAAGGAACUCAAUGUUCCUCACCUGCCAGCUAAGAGCUUCCACUGACAUGUGGAGAAGAAGCCCCGUUAACAAGGCCUGCAACUAUGUACAUUCAAGGUGGGAAAAUAUAGAUGGUGGUGAUGAUGUGUGUCAAUGCUGCGAUAGUACUUGUUCCACACCUUCUCCCAAAUGGAGGGACAUCUCGUACCCAAGACCUCCCAUGUCUGAAGAUUUAACAGCGUGUAUAACUCUCGGCCCUCUGAUGAUUUACCCCAGAAAGUAGACAAAGAACUUCAUCCAGACAAUAUUCUAAAUGUCAUUUUAAUUUUGCAUUAAGACAAUAAAAUAAUCCAUACUGAAUCAA